GCCCAGCCUCUGACCAAGGGUGACAUUCAAGUGUCAAGUCCAGCGCCCUUCCAGGGGACAGUCCUGUUUCCCAGGGGAGGAAAUCAAGGCUGUCAUUCAUCCAGGGGACAAGGAAGGGCAGCAAUGAGCGGCCGGGUCACACGGCCCCGCAGCCGGCGAGGGAGGCACCCUCCACCCGGAGAACUGGACCCGGUGGCUGAGAGCUCAGAGGAGGCGGAGGCGGCCAGUGGAGGCCCCAAGCCCGGGCCCGGGCCACCUCAGGGGGACCCCGGGUCACAGCUGCUGGGCGCCGUGGCGGAGGGCUGUGACCCAGGCCCAGAGAGCAGGAGUGACAAGGAGGCUGAUGAAGGUGGAGGACCGGCCUCAGCCCCAGAGGGACUCCAAGAGCCCGCUGUGGAAGCUCGGCAGGCCCUGGAGGCAGCGUCGCAGGAUGGGGUGUCUGUCCCCUCUGGGACGGGGACCCCCAAUGUGUUUCAGAGCCUCCAGGACGCUCUGAGCUCCCUGGAGGCGGCUGCUGCCGCCUGGCGCCUCCAGCCCCCGAGCUGGCCCGGGCCACUGGAGGCAGAAGGCAGACACGAGGGGCCACCAGAUCCCUGUCCUGAGCAGGACAGGGCUGGAAGCCACCAGCAGGAGGUGGCCCGCCUCUCCGAGAGGAACUCCUGGCUGCGGCUGGCCCUGGGCAGCCGGGAGGACGAGCUGCUCCGCACACAGGCCUCCCUGCAGGCCGCCCGGGCCGAGAAGGAGACGCUGCAGAGAGACGUCCAGGAGCUCCAGGACACCCUGAUGAGGCUGGAGUCCCCCCAGCCUCGUUGUCACAGCCAGGCAGGUGGCCUGGGCAGCGAUUCCAGCAGCUCUGGGGCCGACGAGGAGCCCUGGGGGCCUCAGGACUCCCCCUUGGCUCAUCCCCUGCUCCGGCGUCUUGGGAACCAUGCCAGCUCCCAGAUCCUCGGGCCUCCGUCCGCACAGCCUCCCGCCCCCGACGCGCAUGCCAUGGCAGGCCACAUGGAGCAGCUCCGGGGGGACAUGGAGAAGCUCAAAUGUUUCAACCGCCUGCUGCUGACCGUGCUGCAGGGGUGCAAGGGCCACUGUGAGGGCCUCACCGUGCACCUGGGCCAGCGGGAGGCCGAGGCCACCGCACUGCGCCUGGCCCUGCAGUACAGUGAAGACUGCGAGGAGGCCUACGGGGCCCUGCUCGCCCUGCAGGAGGCCGACUCAAGAGCAGUGGACAAGGUCCCCAGCGAUGACCUGCAGGUGGCCAAGAAGGAAGCCUGCAGGCUGCUGGCAGAAAAGGAGGCCACCAUGGAUGGAGGGACACCACGGCCAAGCCCCGAGGGCAGCAGCGUGGAUAAACCCACCCCACGGGAAGUGGCCGUCCAGCUCCGAGGCUUUGUGCGGCGUCUCCAGGGACGCAGGGCCCUGCUGAAGGUGCCCCCAGAGCCCGGCCCCGCCAUGACGCCCAGGCUCACGGUGCCCCACGCGGAAGCCAUGGUGCAGGCCAUUCUGGACACCCAGCUUGGCCCCGCGCUGCCCCGGCUGGAUAAGAAGCAGAUACAACAGGACCUGGUGGCCACUCGGGAGGCCCUGGCUGACCUGACGCUGCAGCUGCAGCUGGUGCGGCGUGAGAAGCGGGGCCUGGAGCUGCGGGAUGUGGCGCUCAGGGCCCAGGGCCCAGCCCAUGUGCUGCUGCUGGAGCAGCUGCGCUGGGAACGGGCACAGCUCACGGCCACCAGAGCCACCAACAGCAGUGGCGGGGGCAGCAGCGAAGGCAGGAGCAGCGACGACGAGGAGGAGUGGCCCCAGGGUCCCCCUGCUGUUCUGGGUGGCACCACUGGUACCAACGAAGGCCAAACGGGCAGAGUGUGGGAGCCAGAGAAGUUAUCCCAGGAACUGGCGAUGUCACAUAGCCGGUCCGCGGACCUGCAGCAGCAGCUGAGGUCUCUCCGGGAGCGACUGGAACAGGUGGCCCGGAAGGGACGAGCCAGGCGGGCUCAGAGCGCUGAGCUGAACAGAGACCUGUGCAAGGCUCACAGCUCCCUGGUCCUCGCCUUGCGUGGAGCCCACCGCAAGCAGGAGGCACAGUGUGGCAAGUUGGAGCAGCAGGUGGCACUUAUGCAGGCCCGGCAGGCCGAGGAGCUGGCCAGGCUGGAAGCCACCGCUAGAGCCCUGGCCUCGUCCAGGCCACCCCAGCUGGGGGAGACCCUUCUGUAGGCCUGCGGGGAUGAUGCCCUUGGGUGUCCCCGGCGUGGUGGCUUUAGAAAAAGGCUCAGAGUCUUUGUCUAGGCAGAAUGAACUUGAUCUGUCACUGGGGCCAGGCCAAGGGCAGUGGAGACCUGGGGUCAGGGACAAUUUUGGAGUCAGUGAGGCUGGAUUUCUGCCUGUCCUCAGGAGGGGUCCUUGGGGACGGGGAUCCAGGGAGAGGCUGGGUCAGGUCUGGCAGGUGCCAUGACCCAGAAGGGACAAAGAGCGGUGGCCCCGGGUUAGAGGGGAGGGGGAGGAACACAGGUGACUUGGGGACUUGUAUUUAAAGAAGGUGGAGGGGACCUGGGGGUGUCGCCCAGUGGCAGAUGCGGGCUCAGGCUCUGCAAAGAAAAACCCUA